AGUGUUGGUUCGUCCAUCCGUCACCGCACCCAGAUAGAUGCGAUGACUGAUGCCUUUUGUUACAGGAAGUGAUAAUUAAUAUGCAUAAAAUUUAUUGGAACGUAUUAACAAUUAACUGAGUUAUACGUACAAAAUCGGAAUAUAACUGUUACUAUGUAAUUAGAAAAUGUGUUCUUAAAUAGUGGACUGUUGUGUACUUAGUUGUUGAUAGUUUUAGACAUGGAUGAAGGAACUUUAAACGAUUUAUUAGAGUGUUCAGUUUGUUUAGAACGAUUAGAUACAUCUAGUAAAGUGCUUCCUUGCCAGCACACAUUUUGCAAGAAAUGUUUGGAAGAAAUAGUGCAAACGCAUAAGGAAUUGAGAUGUCCUGAGUGUCGAGUAUUAGUCUUGAUUAAAGUGGAUGAUUUACCCCCUAACGUUCUUUUGAUGCGAAUACUAGAGGGUAUUAAGAAUGCUGGGAACCCGUUUCCAAAAAAAAUCAACAAGCCUACUAAAACAUCAAAUCUGCUUUCUGCAGCACAGACAACUCCAUUACAUACCCCUCAUGGAACUCCUGAUCAUAGAUUAAAUGCUAAUAAGCAACAGUCGCAUCUGUUACCUCAUCAGCCUUAUGCUAAAGCAAUGUAUGACUACAUAGCGAAAGAAGCGGGAGAUCUGAAUUUUAAGAGAGGUGAUGUUAUUAUUUUGAAAAAGAGAAUUGAUAGCAAUUGGUAUCAAGGAGAAUGUGGUGGAAAACAAGGUGUAUUUCCGUUAAGUUAUGUUCAGAUUAUUACUCCAGUACCCAGCCAUAUACCACAAUGUAAGGCACAAUAUGAUUUUCGUAUGACAAAUGAUGAAGAAGAAGGCUGCUUAUCAUUUAAUAAAGGUGACAUAAUUAAUGUUAUAAGAAGAGUUGAUGAAAAUUGGGCCGAAGGAAAGCUAAAUGGCAGAAUUGGAAUUUUUCCUUUAGCUUUUGUUGAACUGAAUAAUUUGGCAAGAUCAUUAAUGAAACUAUCCACAAAUGCUCAACCAGGACCAUCUCGUGUUGCACCUCCUACUCCAACUUCGGAAGAUACUUCACCACUUAUACCAACAGAUCACACACACAAUGUAAUACCUCAACAAAUACAACCUCAGCCUCCUAUACCUACGGCUCGUGCUCCAGUCUCAAAUUUACAACAUGCUCCAGUCUCAAAUUUACAACAUGCUCCGCUUGCUGCUUCCGACUCCAGCUCAACUUUAAGCUCAGGUACAUCUGGAGGUACUUCAAAUAUAUCUUCUGCAAAUGCUUCAUCGGGUAACACUUCAACCAGUUCAAGCAGUCCCUCGUCUCCAGCUUCUCCUCCUCCACCUAAGAACCAGCAAAUACUACCACCCAAGAAUACAAUAAGACCUGACCUUCUCAACACUGCCAAGUUAUCAACUCCACAACGUUCUCCUCAAAAUCAGCCUUGUUCGUCUGAUCCACAUCUCACUCCUCACCAUCAACAUUCGAAAGAAAAACGACAUAGUUUCACAAGUAUAGCUACUACACAUCUUCCAAAUACUCUUAUGACCAAUCAGAACCGAUUAUCUGCUGAAAUUCUGGCUGGAAACGAGAAUGGACACUUGACAACGACAAAUGAGAGGAGAGCUCGCAAUGUGCCGGAUGUACAAUUACCUGCAACUUAUGUUGCUUUAUAUCCUUACAAACCGCAAAAAGCAGAUGAAUUAGAAUUAAAGAAAGGCGGCAUUUACAUGGUUACUGAAAUAUGUCAUGAUGGAUGGUUCAAAGGUACAUCAAACAGAACUCAAAAAUGUGGUGUAUUCCCGGGCAAUUAUGUAACACCAGCUAGAGGAGUUCCUAAUCCGCUUGGUACCAAGGAACUUUCUGAUUCUAAAUUACCCGUAAGUUUUACACGAAGUGGUAAAAAUGUGUCCGCUUCAACGCAGCAUGUCGUUUCCACUAACCCUCCUGAAUUACCGGCUCGAGCGACUAGUCCUUCCAAUUCAUUUUCUAGCAGUUGGCAUGGGGCCCCUCAAGAUCCUCAAGCUGUACCAUUAGGUAGAAGUAGCAGUGCCAUUAUGACAGGAGGAAAUGCUGUGGCAUUGACAAAUAAAACCGACAAGUCUAAGGAACAUCGAAAAGAGAAAGGGACUGUUGGCUUAAUGAAACGAUUAGCCAGUAUGAAAAGGUCCAAAUCACCCCCACCGUCUACGUAUUCAAUGGAUAAUCCAGUUUUUGAGGACGCUAGUGCUAAAACUUCAACCACGCCUGUUCACGUCAGGUCGGGAUCGUGUCCGAGUCAACUGCUUCAGAUCCAACCAAGUGACCAUCACCGUAUGUUUGGAUCUACCUCCCAACGUCACAAACAUAAAGAGCGCCCUUCCAUACUUACGCACAGUCCCAGUAUCACUCCUCGGAACAACGAAAACCCGGCAGGAAGUUCUGGUUCAAGUCCGGACGUUCAACGCCAUAGAAAAUCCAAUUCUUUAGAUGGCGGUAACAAGACAAAAACUACAGUCCAAACUGUAAGAGAACGUUUCAGAUGCAUCGCUCCAUAUCCACCUAAUAGUGACUAUGAACUGGAAUUGCAAGUGAAUGACAUCAUUUAUGUACACAAGAAACGUGAAGACGGAUGGUAUAAGGGCACACAACAGAGAACUGGAAAGACUGGAUUAUUUCCUGCUAGUUUUGUAGAAAGUUAUUAGUAAUUGCGAUUUUCGGGUAUGUGAAGUAGUAGCUUCGAAGUUACUAUUGCGGUGUAUACGUUCUUUUAAAAGAAGCACAUUACUUUGAGUAAUAAAAGUUUUUCUAUAACAGAAUUUUGUGCACUUUCCUUAUAAAAAAUUACAACUAAAUUUGAGUUUUAUAUCAGAUAUGGAAUGCGCUUCUUUAAUGGUUUCCACUCAUUAUAUUUUCAACUAUUUUACCUAGUCAGUUGAUCAAUUUUAAAAAGUGUUGAUUUAUUAAACGAUCAAAUUAAUAUACACUAAUAAAUAUUUGAAUAUAUUUUACAAUAAUUAUAAACUAAUUUAUUAUUUAUAUUAAUGUUUAAACUGUUAAUCCAGUGCUUUUGUUUAUAAAUACAUGUGAUGUAUGGAUAUUUGGAGAUAUUUUUGAUGCACUAUAUAUACUGUGAUAUAAAAUUUGAAUUUCAAGAUAUAAACUGGGAUAUUUUCAAAUGAGGGAAUUCGUAUAUUUUUCGAUUUUGUAUAAUGGAAUAUUAUAUAGAGAAGUUGGUAUUAUAAAUGGAAAAGGUGGGUAAAGAUCAUGUUGCUUAUACCGUUCAUUAAUUCAUAUAACUUUCCAACCGCCUUCCUCUGCAAUACUUUGAAUGUAUUAACAAGAGAAUGUUGAUUUAUAAAAUUACUAGACAGUUGGGUUAAUUCAAAUUCUAAAAAUAGUUAACAGUUAUAUGCACAUAUUUGAUUAUUUUUCUUACUUACAUGUUUGUGUAUUUAGCGUUUGAGUUUUCAUUAUUCAAUGUAGAUUAACGAUGAAAAAUGAUAUUUAUACAACAAAAAAUUCUAAUUUAAAAUAGAAUUUGACGGCUUAUCGUCGUCUGUCAGUUUUUGUACUGUAGAAAGAUUUUGCUUUCAAAUAUUUACCAAUGGUUAUUUGUUUAAUGUUAUUAUAUGUUAUAGUGUCAAAAUUCUUGAAUUAUCAUUAUUUACAGACAAUCAAAAAUAUCUUCAAUGUCCAUAAUAUAUGGCAGGGGUAGUCUACUUGAUUAGACCCAAGAUCUACUGUUAACUAAUGAAACCCUGUGUGUCUACCGAUUACACAUUUCUUGAAAUCUUAAAAGAAAUUGUUUUGUACACAAUUAUGUAGUAUUUUCUAUUUUAAUUAAAAGGAAAACAUUAAACUGGAAAUUAUUAUUCGUAGCUACUUAUUUAUACUAACUGCAUCUGAGCAUCUUCCGCUAGAUUAGCAAAAUAAGGUUUGAGGAUGGAAUUUGCCAAAAAAAUCCAAUGUAUGACCGUCGGUCAAGCGAGAACGGUGUUUAUUUUUUGUUUGAACUAGAAAAAUGCUGACUCACAUAAAUAUGUUGAACCCAAACACGAUCGUAGUUAUUCAACAAAUUUCGAUUUUUCUCGAUGUAAACGAAUGCCCAGAAUCUAGACCUAAGGAUGACCUUUCCCUUAAAAAUAUGUCGCUGCGCAUCUAGUCCAGACUACCAAGGCUUUUACCUCCGAUUCCCAUGAACCUACAUCGAUUUUUAUGAAAUUUUGACAGCAUAUAGGGAAUACCUCAAAAAGCAAAAUCUACCCUAUGCCGAUGUGUGCUUUUGUCAUAGGGGGUGAAAAUUUUUAUGCUGAAAAUAACCACGGAAAUUGAUAGAGGAUAAUAUUUCAAACAAAAAAUGUUAGUAUUUUUUUGAAAAAUCAAUAAUCAAUAAUUUACCUAUUAGUUAUGCGCGAUUUAAAACUUGAAUUUUUUUGGAAAAAAACACAUUUUUAAUGAUUUUUCAUGAAUAAUUCAAAUACUUUUGAUUUUAUCAAAAAAAUGAGAGUAAUUUGCUUUAGGCGUAAUACAAACAGAGUUUGAUUUAUUGUAAGUUGAAUAUGUUUAUCGAAUGAAAUUUUUUUAAAAUUCAACGUCGGGAAAUUGCAUAAAAACUUUUUCAAAGUACUUUUAAAAAGCUUUAACAUAAGAGUCAGUAAAACUCUCUACCAUAAAAACUAAGAUAGCUAUGGCCAAAUUAAAAUCUAUUUAUAUUUUCUUUGUAGAAAAAAACCUCAAUUCCACCCUUUGCAAUAGUACCUACGCAAAUUGCAACAAAAAUAUAAUCCGGUAAUGAUUUACUUUAUUUACGCACUAACAAUGAUUUCUGGAAGUUUGAACGAUUUAGAAUACAUAAUGUCGAAAGAAUUGUGUUUAAAGUCGAAAAAUCAUUUUCGAAAUUUUUAAAAAUUUCUCCAUUUUUUCAAAAUUUGUGAAAAACUAUAGAAUAUUCAUAAAAAUUGAUAAGGAAUGAAAAGUUAUUUUUUUAAACAAGUUUUUUGCUUUUUUUAAAUUUUUUGUAACUUUAGAAUAACUGAGAUUAUGUCCUUUCAAAUCGUACCCUAACGGAUGACCGAUACAAUUUCCGAACCCUUUAAACGUUGCCCUUUAAAAAAUAGAGUGCUAAUGAAAUUUAAAAUGUUUAUAAACUUAUAGGUUAUAAAAUUCCCUACAAAUCCACGUUUGGAGCAACUUAUUUACUUGGAAAUUGACCGAUAUAUCACACCUUAAAUUCAAUACUGCAAUAAGCUCAUAAUGCUAAUUUUACAGGAAAGCAAAAACAAAAACGAUUGUUCUAGAUCAGUUAGUUCGGUACUUAGGCGUACCAAAUUCGGUGCACAUACCGUUUGAAGUUAUCUUUACUGAUUAGUUAUGUAAAAUCUACAGACAGCUCAUUUGUAUUUUAGUUUAAUGUAUUAGAUAACAGGAAAAUACCCAAAAAAUUAUAAGCUAAAAUUCGUCCACAAAAGUUGUAUUUAAACUUGGUAAAUCUAAGAAAGAACAACAUCAGAAAAACGGAAUAAUAUUGACCAAAAUGGAACGAGGAUUUUAAAUUAAAAUUGAUUCCUUAAACCUAGCAUAGAGUUAGUUACGACUUGGGAAUCACACUGGCUUUAAAUAAAUAUAAUAAGUCUUUUCUUUUUGUUUGUGUCAAUCUUUGACUUUUUAUAUAAGGCGGGAUCAGUCAUUUUCUCUUCUUUUUCUUAUUAACACUUCUUCGAAAUCUUCACUCUCAUAGGAGGUUUUCCCCUGAAAGGAAAAGGGUAUUUCCAUCUCGUAUCUCAUUUGAUUUUUCUAACAUCUUUCGAUGACAUAGUGGCUUACGGUGCAUACAGUUGCGAGUAAUUAAUUGUAAUAGUGACAAUCGACUCCUCACGCGGAAUCUGUUAGUACUACUAUUGAUGAUGGUGAUGCACUAUAGAAAUAGGAGUACGAUAUGCCCAAAAAACUUAAAACACAUUUUUUUAAUUUUGGAAUAUAAGUGAAAGUAUCUAGCAUGUAGAUUGGAGAGAUACAGGGAUAAAAAAACAAGAUAUGAAGGAUGAACUGACUUUGCGAGAGUUUUUAAUAGAACAUAAUCCUUUCGAUGAUAUUAAUAAUCUGCGCAAUACUGUCACUAGAAUGAUCGCAACAGAAGAAAUAAAUUGUUAUGACGCUAAGAAGGCAAAUAUAAGCUCAUUCCGUUACUUGGAGUUAAUAGAAAAUUCAAAAUUGCUGAAAAAAUUGUAAUCCUUUAUUCUUGUGCGAUGAAAAAAGUGACGAGGAACUAUAGUUUUAUUUAAAAUUUGAAUUUACUCCGUAUCCACUCUCUUUGUUUGAUAAUACAGGCAUGGGAAACACUGCAAAAGCGUUUCGGAUUCGUUAUUUCAACUAAUCGAUAUCACCUUGGAUAAAAAUAAUUCUGCAUACAUCAUUGAUAGGGGGAUGUUAUUGUAUAGAGUUAAAUAGCCGAUUAAUGCUCUUAUGAAAUAGUUUUUUUGGAAUACUUUUCUUACCUAAAACGUAAUUUCGUUCGGCAUAUAACUGUUGCAUUUGAUCGUUACCUUGAAGAAAGUACUAAAAUGAUAGAAAGAAGCCGACUUUCACAAAAAUACUCUCAAAAGAAUAUCAUUUUUCCAAAGAUAUGACUGUCCCAGUUUCUCUAGAUAAAUUUUUAUUUACAGAAACAUUCGAUCAACUGUUGUCAAGAAAAAGGUGACAGCGAAGAAGUAGAAGAAACAGCACUGCAGGAUGAGUCAACUUUGAAGAAAAUAAUUGUGGCAGAAGACGUUGACAUUUUAGUUAUUUUGACAGCCAGAGCUAAUGCUGAGUAAGAAAUUUAUUUCUUAAAAUCAAGAAAACAAAAUGUUCCUUCAAUGGUGUAUUGAAAAGUUUUUCAAUUUAAUAUCCAGAAAGUGCAUAGUUUAUAGCUUUCUCACAUUCCUUUCCUGGAUGUUAUACAACAACCGCAUUUUAUAAUAAAGGUAAAAAAAAGUUUUUUGAAAAAAGGAUAGAUGUAAGAGAAAAUGCCAGCAUAUUUCACAAUAUAAACUCAACGAAAGAAGAAAUUCUAGGAGCCUGCAGUUACUGCCCGAUAAUUCUGUAUAGGACUCCAAACAAUACAAAAUUUAAUAAAAUUGAAAAUUUAGAAAACUAUAUUGAAAAAGAGCGAUAUGAGUCCUUUAUUGAGGCAACUAAAAAAACAGUGCCAUAAAAUUAUCAUCCCUAAGCUCAAGUUUGGCUUGGUAAUAAAACCUUCUCAUUGGGAAUGGAUUGAAAAUUUAAGACCCAUUGAAACCCAUUAGAAUGUAGAAUAGCCCUGCACCACAGGAACUUCUGCAAAUAAUAUUUUGCAAUUGCAAAAGAGGACGUGGAGCAUCAUGUAGCUGCCAUAAAAUUGGGCUAUUUUACAACUCAACCUGCGGUGAUUGUGCUGGUCAAAAAUGCCAGAAAUUGCCAAAGUAUUAAAAAUGUAUUCUUCCUUGUUAUAUAAGAUAAAAUAAUAAUAUAGAAUUAUUGCAUAAAUCUUGUAAAUAAUUUUUUUUAUUUUUUUUGUCAUGAUUGAUAUAUAGGGGUUGAAAAUUUUUAAUACAUACCCAUAAUAUACAAAAUAAAAGAGAUAAAAAAUGACAAUUUGGAAUAAAUAAAUUAAAAAAUUGUAUAAGUACGCCUGUAAAUAUUUUUUUCAAUUUUUUCCGAAUGGAUCCGGAGAUGAUUUAUAGCGAGUUGAAAGUUAUAAGUACAAAAUAUUCAAGUCGAAACAGAUAAAAAUUUAAAAUAAAUUAAUCAUAAAAAUCAUAUCAUAAAUACGUAUAUAAAUAUUUCUUUUCAAUUUAUUUUGAAAUAAGGGAUGAUUUAUAAGGGUUGAACAUUUGUGAUGCAAAAUAUAUGAGUUGAACACAAACAAAAAGAGACAAUUUAAUUUAAGUAAGCUACCACAAAGUAAUUACAUAUUCUUUAAUUUUUUAUUAACCGGGGGUGCUUUAUAAGGGAAGAAAUACAUUAAGAAGGGUUAAAAAAUUAUAAGUUCUAUAUUGAAGCAUUAAGCAACUUAUAUUGAAAUCUCAAAUCUAUUUUUCUACUUAUUAAAUGCGUAUAAUUAUAAUUUUAUUGAUUUUUUGCAAUAAGAGGUAGUUUUCAUC